AUGCCACUCUUCCUGCAGCCAUGCGGACCGGACUCCGGCCUGCUGAGCCUCAUUCUGCUGGUCUUGGCGCUGUCUGCGCCUCCCGCUUUUUCGCCGCCCGCUGAAUUUCUCUUCACUACCACCUACAUUUACUUCAACUUCACCACAUAUCACCACACAAAUCGCGUGUUGAUGACAUCCAUCAUCACGCCCACGCUGUCCCAUGCACUAUGGUACGUUGCCCUCUCUCUCCAUCUCCCCAUCCCCCUCCCCCAUCACAUGAUGAUCAGUUGUCGAAAGACAGCAUACCUACAAGCUUUAGGAAGAGCCGGAAAAGGCAUGACAGGAGACAUACUUCCAAGAGCAUCGACAAAUGCUCGCCGAGGUCCUGUCGUCGGUGCUUACAACCAGGUGUCUGAUAUCACUAUUCUACACAUAUCCUUCGAGGCACAAACCCUGGCGAGACGCACACACUGA